AUUCAGAAAAAAAAUAUUGAUAGUACCUAGUUGUCUUUCGUUUUUAUUAUUCUUUUCUGGUUUUUGCUGUAUUGAAGAAGCUGCUUUGAAAUCGGCUCCUUCACUUUGAUAUAGAAAUCCAGCAUCAGAGUGGCCGCUGCUGAGCUGCUGAUAUGGAGGCUGGCGGUGGAACCAGGCCUGCUGGCAUGUCGUCCCCGCCGCGCUGGACCGGCCUGCACGCCGAGUACUCGCCUCCGAGGACGGCCUCGGAGCCCGGCCAGCGCUCCGAGACGCGCCGCCCGCACCUGGUCAACUACGGCGCCUCCCGGCUCAGCACGCCCGUCAGCUUCAUCCCGCUGCCUGAGCACGGUCGGCUGGUGAUCGGUGUGCCCGACCGCACCCAGCCGCCCGACAUCAGCAUCCAGGGCUCGGGCGUGGAGCGCUCGCACGCCGUGCUGGAGACGGGUGGCCCCGGCGGCGGUGUGCUGCUGCGACCUCAGGCCGGGGUCACCACGGUGGACGGUAUCCGGUGUGCGGCGCCCGUCCAACUCACCAGCGGUUGUAUGCUGUGCUUUGGUCGCUCUCACUACUUCAAGUACAUGUGUCCCGCCGACUACCGGCCCCCAGAGUCGGCCGACGCCGAAAUGACCGGAGACUAUCUGGCCAUGGGCGGAUCACCAGCGCUGGACAACCCCGAGUACUACCACAUGGGCGAGUCUGGCGGCGGUGGCGGCCCCCCGGUGUCUCCUCGUCUCCAGCUGCCGCCGCCCAAACCACCCCGCCAGCCGGCCUCCGAGGGCCCCUUCACUGGCGAGUACCUCUACACUCGGCUGGAGCGUCCUGCGGGGCCGGCGCCGGCAGCACGCACCCUGCCGCCGCCCCGCGCCGCGCCGCCCCCGUCACCGUACGACAACGUGCCGCCGACGGCCGCGGCGGCCCGGGCGGCGGCGGCGGCGGCGGCGGCGGCGCAGGGCGGUGACCGGGAGCAGCCGUCCGUCUGCAGCACGGUGUCUCAGGACCACCCGGACUCGGCCGACGCCCUGCAGCAGCUGGAGCAGUCGCGUCUGGACGAGAUCCUACACAUGUGCGCCGAGUACGACAGUCAGAUGGCCGGCGGGCCGCUCUCCGGCCCCGCCGCCCGGCCGCCCGACUCGCCGGCAGUAGCGCAUAGAAGGAUCAAGACGAACGGCUCUCUGCCGCGGGACCGCCGGCUGGGCUCCCCGGGCGCGGACACUCCGCCGGAGCCGCGGCGCCGCUCCGCCUCCGAGGACGAGCUGAGCCCGGCGGCAGCCGCAGCAGCCGACGUCCGCAGUCCCUACGAGAACGUCAGCUUCGUCCACUACCCGCAGAGCCCCCGCACCCGGAUCCGCACCACGGUGCAGCGCGAGCGUCUGGACGGCGCCGGCCGCGAGGCGAGCCCACCGGUGUCGACGGCCGGCGCGGUGUACAUGGUUCCGCCGCCGCCGGUGCCGCUGCCGACCCCGCCGCCGCGCGCGCCGCUCCACUCCGGUGGCAUGGUGAACGGCUCGGACGGCCGCGGCCUGCAGUUUGUCAACGAGGAGUACAUGCGGGGACUGCCCCUGGACCCCAGCUUCCAGAACGAUGAUCUCGUCUUUCUACCGGCGGUGGGCGGCGGGUACGUGAACACGGGUAUGGACGAGGAGACGCGUCGCGCGGCCGCCGAACUGCAGCAUCGGCAGCGACUCGGUAACGUCUACCAGCAGCUGCCGUCGCGGCCGCCCGUCGAGUCGCCCCUCCCCGGCCUGCAGACCGACGGCCGCGCGCCCUCAGAGUCGGAGCUGCCCGGGUCGCUGUCGACUCCGGCAGAGGAGGAGGGUGGCUCUGCGCGCGUCAGCUGGAGGGAUGACGUCGAGUCGAACUCUGGGGAUGAGAUGGUCCGUCACAGUCGGUCGUUCAGCGAUACCACCGAUGAUGACCGUGAGAUGUGCCGCCGUCUGAAGGACCAGAGGCGUAUGACGUACCGGCAGCUGUCCGAACUGCGGCAACAGAAACUCGACCUCGAGCACCAGGAGUCUGAGGCCAUCCGACAGCUGGAGAUGGAGCACGCCCUGCUGGAGGGGGAGGUGGAGACCCACCAGGAGACGGUGGCUCGCCUGGAGCAGGAGGUGACUGAUCUCAGAGAGACGCUGGCCAGUCGGACCGAGGGCCGCGAGCAGACACGGCGCCGGCAGACUCAGGAGGCCGAUCAGCUGGCGGCGCGGAUUGUGGCUGCCGAGGCCGAGCUGGAGCGGCUGGAGCUACUCAGUGAAAAGUUCCGCGGCACCACCGACGAGGAGACCGAGCUGCUCGAGAAGCUCAAAUACCAACAUGAACUCGUUGAGCAGGAACGGAAGGCGCACGAGGACCAGGAGUUCCACCACAUGGAGGAUCAGGUCGGCUGGGAGACAGAGAAGGAGGAGUCGUUGCGGGUCAUCCACCAGCUGGAGCGGCGGAUCGCCAACACACGUGCUGAGAUGGAGUCUGUCCGGGAGCAGCAGCGCCGGCUGAUCGAGUCCAUCCGGUCUGACACAGAGGCCAUGGAGCGACAGCGGCGGGAGAUCGUCAAACAAAUGUGUCAGGAGCGGGACCGACUGCGGAAGACGCAGCGCCGCCUCAGCAGCCUGUCGCAGUCCGGUGUUGACGAGGCGGCCGACGACCCCGGCCUGGACGAGCCCGAACAGAACUCGGACCAGGAGGAGUUCUCCAGUAACGAGUACAUCGAGUCGCGGCUGGCGCAGCUGCACAUGCUGGGGAAGUCGCGGGACGACCUGCAGCGGAUACAGAACGUCACCGCCAGCUCACCCAUGCAGGUGGACAACCGUUCAUCAACCACACUGCGGGAGAUCGAGCGAAACCGGCACGUGCUACUGGCCAAACAAGGUACUCAGGUGAUUGAGGACGAGCGGCGGCGUGUGGAGGAACUGAAGCGACGCGUUCAGGACGAGGUGACGGCCCAGUGGGAGGAACAGAGGCGCCAGCAGCACUCUGCCCAGUCCCCGACCCCGGAGACGGCGGGGGAGCCGGCGCCGCCCACCGCGCCACGCGUCACCAACGGUCACAGCUCUCACGAGGAGGCACCUCGGAGCCCCGCGUCCGGCGACCGGUCACCGCCAAUCAGCGACGGCGGCCGCGAGCUGCAGCCAAUCAGCGAGGACGGCCAGCCGCCGCGACCAAUGAGCGGGGAGAACGGCCGCCAGCAGCGGCCAAUGAGCGGCGAGGACGGCCGCCAGCAGCCAAUGAGCGACGAGGAGGAUGAGCCGCGCUCGCCGCGGCCCGUCUCGGACGCCUCGUCCGUGUUUGACGGCGUGGAGGAGCCGCCGGUUCGGCGGCGCAGCAAAGUAUCCGUGCCGCCCCAGCAGCGGCCACUGACGCGGUACCUGCCCAUCACCAACCAGCAGUUUGAUCUGCGGCAACACAUCGAGUCAGCAGGUCACCAGCUGGAGAUGUGUCACCAAGUGGUCAUCAGCCGGCACGCCUGUCGCGGUUACCUGCACAAACUCAGCUCGCGAAUCCGCUCCUGGCAAAAGCGCUGGUUCGUCUUCGAUCGCAGCAAGAACAAGCGCACGUUCAUGUAUUACUCUGACAAGUCGGAGAGCAAGGCGCGCGGCGGCGUCUACUUCCAGGCGAUCGAGGAGGUGUACGUGGACCACCUGAAGACGAGCCGCGGCAGCGCGCCCAACACCACCUUCUGCGUCAAGACCAUGAGCCGCACCUUCUACCUGAUGGCGCCCAGCCCGGAGGCCAUGCGCAUCUGGGUAGAUGUGAUUAUGACGGGCGCCGAGGGGAACGCCGUCUUCGGGCACGGCUGACGGCGCCUGAGGGAGGGAUCUGCUGCUGGAAGGUCGGCGCGGAGUGUCAUCCCACCGUGCGGGGAAGAGGGAUGGAUCAGAGCGUGAUCUGUACUAGGGGAGACGAGUUGGAGGGUUCUACAUUCUAGGAGAUGAUGUUUGAGGGAUGUGACAUCAUGAUGAGUUGCGUGAAGGAGAUUCGGAAUUUUUGUCCACCGAUGAAGUCAGUCAGAAGCCCGCCGCGAGAGGCAAUGUGAGAGGGACUGGAAUCAACUGUUGCCCCCGCACUUAUUAUCACAGUCGCGAGCGCUGAGGCGGUGCGAUUAUCACAACGACAGCGUAUUUUGCAGCGAGUUCGGUGCUGUGUAUAGUGUCGCCGCGGCCUGCGCGCGGUGUAGUGUUGUAUGUGACACCGGUGUGCCUUAGUGUUUUGUAUACCGUUUAGUGUUGUGUCGGACGGUGUCAGGCCUCUGUCGGCCGGCGCAGGCCGUGUGUCGUGUCUCCAGUGUUGUGUCGGCCGGCGCCCGCGCGGUGCCGGCUCUGGCCAGUGUCACGUGCCGCUCGAUUGUGGCGAACGCAGUCAGCCCGUCUGUGCCUUCCUUGGCGGCUUUAUGUCCACCCCGUGUCACGCCACGCGGCUCCGGAGGCGCGGCUGGGUUGUGACGGUACACCGCGAGGCCUGAUCUGCCGCCAGUCAGUGCCUUGAGCCGGACUCUGCCAGGCUGUGCCGGUGUCCGGCCGCCCGCGGGAUGUCGGGGGUCUACUCCCGGACUCCCAGCCGUCCCGGGACCGCCGCCCGGCCGGCCCGCGGGUCAUUCUUGCCCUCGUGACUCAGGCGGCGCUGUCUGACGGCCUGGCGGUCCUGUGCUCCGCCGCCGCGUCGAGUCGGCCGCCUCUACUCACCAUCAUAUUUUUGUAUCCAAAGACGUGUCAAAUAAACUAAUACGUAAUGACGUCCGAACAAAAA